GAUGAAAACAUGGCGACACCAAAUGUGGGUCGCUUGCAGUGUUUGUAUCCUCAUGUUUUGAAUUAUCGCCAAUACCACGGACUUCAGCAAGGGACAUUUGUUUAUUUAAGAUUCACUGGAAUUAUUUACAAUCGAAAUAAUGGUUUUCAAAAGAACUUUUCUACAUCACCGAGAAAUGCAGCGAGAUCGGCAGAUUUGACGAGAUAUCAAAAAUUCCGCAAAGUUAUUAGCACAUUUGUGGCUGGAAGUAAACAUCUAGGGAAAGAUGUAAAAGUGAUGUUUCAGAUACAGCGAAAAUUAAAGAGUAAUAAUUACAACUGGGAGAUCUUGAAAACAGAGGAAAUAUUACAUCUACAUCAGGUGAGAAUGGUAAAUUUGAAAGAGCUUUUCUUUUGCGAGAUAAGUCCUAUGAAAAGUACUGGUACAUGUCUUUGUUGAGGUUACAGUAAGCUUAUGCAUUUCACAGACAAGAAAAGAUCUUUUGAAGAGUUUGCCUGUGGUUGUGGGAUUCUUCAUUCCAUUCUUGGGUUAUGCAGUUCCAUUUGUAGCGUAAGUGUUUCAACAAUUAAAUCAUUGUAUAGAUUGCAAUGUACAAAAUUGCUGUUUUUAAAUUUAGUUAUUGUUAUUGGAUUAGGAAAGAUUAUAGCCCCAUACUAUUUUAAAGCAAAGCUAUUGUCCCAAAUACAAUCUGUCACUUUUGCAAUUGUCUUCUUUAGUCAAGAACUGUAUGCAUAAUGAAGUAUGGGGCUGUGUGGAAAUCUUUUUUUGCUUAACACUCCUAAGUCCAUUCCAUAUCAUAGUCAUAUUCACUUUUCUGUAAAUGAGGUUGAAGCUUCUUCAAUAAUUGAUUUGUGCUUAAUUCUGGAAACUUAAUCAUUCAAAGUCAACUCUCAUGUCCAUUUUUAACCCUUUAACUCCCAGAUCAAAUUUGUAAUUCUCCUUACUGUCAACCAUACAAUUCUUACAAUGUUAGUUCAGAGAAUUUAGUAUUGGAUCAACUAAUUAUCCUCAAGAUAUUUUUCUUUAAUCUCAUGACUUACCUGGUUGAUAUUAUAUUGAUAUUGUGAGGAGAAAUUCUGUUUUGGUCACUCGUGGAAGUUAAAGGGUUAAUAGGAUUACAAUCAAAAGGAUAAUAUAAAUUUAAGUUGUUCUUGUGAAGUGAGAAAGAUGAAAUGCAAAACAGCAACAGAAUUUGAAGCCAUGACUAGUAGUAAGGUCCAGAGUAACUGACCCUCACCAACAGGGUAAUUUCAUAUUAUCAGCUAAGUUGAUAACAUAAAUUGGCCAUUGUAAAGAGUUUCAAAGCUGAUGUUUCAAGCGUUAGCUCCUUGUAAGAGUGAUGUCAAAGGGCCAUCGCUUAAAAUGUCAGCUUUGAAACUCUACAGUGGCCAAUUUACAUUAUCAACUCAGUUUAAAUACUAAAGUAUGCUGUUAGACUCUCCCUCCAAUACAGCACCACAGUUUCUUUAGAAUCUUACCCCCUUUCUUCAAUUGACUCUCAGCAAUCUUUACCUAACUUUCAGAUUCCUUUAUCCAAAACAACUGUUAUCUCAUCAUUAUUGGCAACCUCACCAACGUGAAAAAUUUGCUCAGCAAGAUGUAAGAAGACGACGAAAACAUCAACUUCCUCUUGUAAGAGAAGUUGGAAGAUUGGCCUUAAGAUACAAAGCAAGCAGAUAUUCUACAGACCUGAUGUCUACCUCAGUUAAGGUAUGGGAAAGGCUGAAUUAACAAAUAGAUUCUAUGUUGACUAGGGUCUGUUCAGUUUAGAUCACAAAUGAUGUUAAAAUGUGGUGCGAACAAAAAUAGUGGCACACGUAGCGCAGCCUAAGGAUAUAACACAAUGAUCAAGCUCUGUCUUGGCCCAGACCUCUCACCUUUGGGUCCAGCACACUAACUGUAAGGCCAGUCUGCCUCUCUUGCUUUUUUUCUUAAAAUACCAUUUAUUUUUUAUAAAGCAUCUCAGAGGGCCAGGGUCUCAAAUUCUUGAAUCUGAUGAGCUCAUUGCUUGUUCAUAACCAGUACAGCUUUUUACAAUACAAACCAUAGUCCAGAAUUUUAUCUGCACCAAGUACAAAAAGUGGAAAAAAGCAAACCAGCAGAAUAAAAUAGAUAUCUAGUUAUUACUGGACAGGGUUGGUCCACUUGAAAAAAAACAAGCAGAGGGUCAUUCUCAAGACCUUGGGACCAGUAACUAAUUUUAUCACUCAAGGAUGAGUGACUCACUGCACUUGUUUAUAUUAGGCUGUAAACAAAAAGCAUUUGUCCAAUGAGGAGCUGUUGCAAAUGGCUGAAUUCUUUGAAGGGAAUCUUCUUGGCUUUGAUCACUUACCACACUACCAUCUGGUGAGCAAAUGAAUUUCUUGUUCAUUCUUUCCCUCAUGCAUGGUAAAAGUUUUAAUUAGCAAAUCUUUUGGAUCAAGGGAAAAUUUAAGAGAACAGCUGUCUACAAGGUAGCAAUAGCUAUGAUUGUAAUAAUCAUUUUUAAGGGAGGUAGAAAGUAGUUGGGGCUGGAUGAGAAGAAGCCACAGAAGAAAACAUAUCAUUCUCGCCUUUAUUGUUUGAUUUAAAAUAAGAUUUUUGAUCUCUCCUUCAGAUGCAAAUCACAGGUUUCAUUUCUGGUGUCAAAUUAUUUUAUAUGUUCAUCUGUGUGUUUUUCCAUUCCACAGAAAAAACUUAGCCAAGUGUGGUUAAUCACUCCUUGGCUACCCAAGUCAUUUUUGCGUAUUCGCUUAAAGCGUUUGGUAAAAUCAAUUAAGAGGGAAGAUGCUGCUAUAAAGAAAGAGGGACUUGUGAAUCUCCAAGAACAUCAACUGAAAGUGGUGAGAGAGAUUUCUGAUUUAAGGAUCAUUCCUAGUUCCUCACCCUCUCUUAGGCCCAGUUUAGAUUUUAUUUAUUUUUUUUGUUGGUUGUUGGGAGGUGGGGAAAAACAACAAAAUAGAAACAUAAUUAUUUAACAUUAAUGUUGGCCUGGAGGCAAACAUAACUGGUGGUCUAACUCCUCAUUUUCUUACUCAUUUCCAGGUGUGUCACUCUAGAGGUCUGGACACAACUGAUGUUGACCCAGAGGCACUGGUACAGUGGUUAGCAGAGUGGGUGGAGUUGUCUGAUGCUGCAGGAGGUAAUAUUUGAAUUACAGACUGAAAAAUUGAUUUCAUGAACUGGAUGUUUUUAGGCAUUCACAUGUGAACCUUAAAGGCUGAGACACAACAGAACUCAGUGAAAAUGUCUAUUGAAUUUGCUACUCCCUAAUCAAGUCACUGCAGCAUGAUUAAUAGCUCAAACUCUACCCACUUUCAAUUGAAUAUACGAGAAUUAAUGUGGGGGAAAAAUUGUGUCAACCCUGAAUGACUUUUGCAAACUGAGGCAGAAGCAUUGAAAGUGAAAAACUAGCCCCUUAAAAGUAUUACUUGUUACUCAAAAGAAAAAAAUCCUUUGAAUUGACUGAUUUUCUUUUUAACAACCAGGAUUCACAAACUACAAUUUGGCUUUGUUUGAUGUUUUCUUUGUAUCUAUUUUUUCCAUUAAUUGUAAUUAUAGUAAUGUAACUGUUUUGUGUACACAUUCUCUCUUUCUCUUUACAGACACAGAUGAAUCUUUCUUGGCUCAUUGUGCUGUUUUUAAGGCCAUGAAUUAUUCAAAGGACAGAAAAACUGGAGAUCAAGAUUUGGUUGUGCAAAAAGGGUGAUGCUGAAGAUGUUUAGUCUUCCUGGAAAAUAUAGAAUAUUUAUAUAGAAAAAACCUUACGACUUGUUAACAGCACAAUUUUAUUUUCUUUAGUAAAGGGUGAGCACAAAUUCACAUAACAUAAAACAAUUUAUAAUUAGCCUUCACUGAAUUAUUACGGUAAGUAAUACUUAAACAUUUGUGUUAUUUCUGGAUGUUAUUAAUUUUUGUAAAUUUUUUAACUUCCUGACAAUUUUUCCUCAACAAAAAUGAAGGGUAUAAUAUGGUC